UGGGAUGAAGUUGUAUGAUUUGGGGGAGGGGACAGUCACAUUUACCUGUUGUGUCGCCAAGUGUGGAGACAGACACAGAGCAGAGGGAUGUCGGAUUCAGUGUUCUACCAGGGACUGACCCUUCUGGGGUUCCUGGCUCUGGGCCACCUGGUUCUCAAACACACCUUCAAGCUGCUGAAGGGGUUCCGAGUCCACAUCCUGUCCCGAUGGUGGAGGGUUAACCUUAAGAAGUAUGGGGGUUGGGCAGUGGUAACGGGAGCGACGGAUGGAAUAGGGAAAUGCUACGCUAAGGAGUUGGCCAAGAGGGGAUUCAAUGUGGUCCUCAUCAGUCGGACUCUGGAGAAGCUUCAGAAAGUUGCGGCAGAGAUUGAGCAACAGAGUGGGCGGAAAACCAGAAUCAUCCAGGCAGAUUUUACAGGGGGGGCCGAGAUUUACCCCAAGAUUGAGGAGGGCCUGAAGGACCUGGACAUCGGAAUCCUGGUAAAUAACGUCGGAAUGUCCAAAGCGGCUCCAACAGGAUUCCUUUCUUCUGGCGAUCUAAACAAGAGCAUCACGGACAUGAUGAACUGUAAUGUAUUGUCAAUGCUGCAUAUGAUUCGAAUCUUACUUCCAAGAAUGGUGGAAAGGAAGAAAGGUCUCAUAAUAAACAUAUCUUCUGAGGCGGGCACUCACCCUUAUCCAAGGAUCACCCUCUACAGUGCCACAAAGGUCUUUAUGGAUUACUUCUCCCGCAGCCUCAACAUCGACUACCAAUCAAAAGGUGUCACUGUGCAGAGCGUGAUGCCCCUUAUGGUCUCCACCAACAUGACUCUGAAUACGAAACCGAAUCUGCUGGUGAAGACGGCCGACGAUUAUGCCCGGGAGGCGCUGAACACCGCGGGGCUGACCAGUCGUACCAGCGGCUGCUUAUCCCACACCAUCCAGAGCUUUGUGUUGGAUCUGUUCCUCGCGGAGUGCGUCAUGAGUUCCAAAAUCCUGGCCUGGAUCGCCCGCCGCACCCUCCGCCUUCUCCUGAGGAUUCGGAAAGUGGACUGA